AUGGCCCACACCAAAAUCCCUGCGAGCGUCAUUCUGUCGCCGCGCGAACUCAAACUCUACAAGCGCUGGCAAUGCUUGCAUGCAAAUGUCAGGCCAAAUGAACAAGGCUUCAUCCCUACAGCUGGCGAGUACGAAGACUUUCAACAGUGGUUGAAGCGACAAGACUCAGGCUACUUCUCCGAUAUCUUUGACGAUAUUUCUGGCCACAUUGCACCGCCCAGCUCAAAGACCAAGGCAUCUACGUCAAAUUCGCCCGUCGCACCAAUCUGCCAACACACGAUGCACCCAACAGCUGCGGGUCAACUACAAUCACGUUGCCCGGUGUGUACCAUUGACAUACAUGUCAAGUACAUGAAUGUUCUCUCGCAAGCCCUCGAAAGUGCCGGCGGACGCGCACCGUCAUGCACUCUGACCAGCUCCGAGCACCAGGACACCGUGUACAAUGCAUGGUGUAAAGGCAAGAUUGGCGCACUCAAGGAACUCUCAAUGAUCGAAGACCUAGCCGAAAAAGAGGCUCGAUGGUCGGUGCGACACCCAGAGAAGCGCUACGAAAAUGUGCAAACGGCUUCCAAGGCGCUGGAUCUGUACUGGGCUGAGACGACAGGGCGUGUGGAUGAUCCACCGCGGCCCAAAAGAGAUUCAGCAGUCGCAUUCACUGAAGACACGGAUUUCGAGCCCGGAAGACCCAACCCAUACUUUCACCGAAGAUCGCCGCGCUACGAACCUGGGAAAUACACUGUCACAGAACCUGAAGACCACGAAGAAGAAAUCAUCUCUGAGGAUUCAGAGGAUUACUCGCACACAAAGACUGUUCACAUUGCUGAUGCAGAAGAGCCAAUCAGCGAGAUCCUCGAAUCAUUGCAGGUUUUUGACACAACCGAUGAGAUUGAGGAAGAUGACGGUGAUAGCGACUGGGAAGAUGUCGAAUCUGACGACGAUGACGAUGAAUACAGCGACGAAGACAGUGAAGGCAGCUGCACAUAUUGGGAGAUUGAGGAUGAGGCGAGCUUCAUUGUGUUUGGCGAAGACUGA